UAAAUGCUCAAACGGCCUUCCAAAGUUUCGAUCUUAUAUCUUUUUAACUUUCUGUUUCAUUUCCUCGCAAUCUGGUCAUAAACCGAGUCACUGCUGUCGCUGAGAGGAACAAGAGCAGCCCUGCUUUAACAAUAACAGAGCAAAGGUAACUUACGGGAACAAAUACCAGGAUGAGUUCAGACAUCUCAGGGUUCAUCAGGAAGACUCUGUGCGAUAACCGGGGCUGUCUAGACUUCACGAGCCUGGACGAGAAGAUAAAACAGAGUCACAGAGUUACAGAUUCAGCCCUGAGCAAACUCCUCUUCGACGACGAUAAGAUAUGUAUGAAAGAUGGCAAGCAGAGGGUCAGAGGAGGUCAGACCAUCAGCCCGGAUAGUCUGAUCGUGGCUAAAACCAGUCUGCGGCUCUGUCAGAAGAAACCCGGAGAGUGUCCACAGUGCGACGGCUUACACCUGUGCAGGUACUAUGUCUCCGGUGGAUGCACGUAUGGAGAAAAGUGUAAAAAUCGCCACAGUCUGGUCCUUCCACAAAAUGCAGAGCUUCUGAUGAGACAUGGUCUUCAGGAUUUGACGGAGAAACAGCUGUUCCAGCUGUUACUGCAGAAUGAUCCUUAUCUGCUUCCAGAGAUCUGCCCACAUUACAACAAGGGAAACGGUUUGCACGGCUCCUGCAAGUUCACCGACUCCUGCAACAAGCUGCACAUCUGUCAGCACUAUUUCCAGGGCGACUGCAGGUUUGGCUCUUCCUGUAAGAGAGUACACAACAUCGAGGAGUGUAGCACCAAGAUUCUCCGAGGCCUUAGUCCGGAGAAUAUAACAAACCUCAACGAGAUCUACAGAAACAAGUACAUCAUCGUGGCUCAGCAGGAGAGACAGCCUGUAGCUGGUGCUGCGCUGCCAGAGGUGAGGAUCUCUGCUCUGAAGCCCUCGCCUGCUAAUCAAACAAACCCCGUGAGUGAAGCUGACAGGAAUGAAAUCUGCCUCUAUUUCGUCCGCAGGGACUGCAGAUACAAAGAGACGUGUGCUCGUGUCCACUUCCACCUUCCUUACAUGUGGCAGGUGUUAGACGGCGACGGUGUGACCUGGAAGGACCUGCCGAACAUGGAGGACAUCGAGAAGGCCUACUGUGACCCGGGGCACGACUCAACCUGCAUGGAUCAACCGACAAGCGCCUUACGCCUUUUGAGAUAUUUGUCGAUAAGCUCUGCGUCCAUUAAAGAUCAGGCAGUUGACUUCCAGACGAUGACAUGCGGAGGCUCUCCUGUUCGUCGCCUGUCCACCGCCUCCUCUGUCUCAAAGCCUCCUCACUUCAUUCUGACAACCCAGUGGCUGUGGUACUGGAAGGAUGACAUUGGGGAGUGGCUGGAGUACGGACAGGACAAAGCUGACACAUCAGCCUCUGUCACCUCUAAAACUCUGGAGAAUGUGUACCUGGCAGACAGAGAUACAGAGAUUCAAUUUCAGGCGGACAAACAGAAUUACAUUCUCUGCCUUAAAGGGGCAGCAGGAACCCUGCCGAUGUAUCAGCAGAAUGUAAGAUACAAAACCAAGAGGGAGGUCCGACGGAGGCCUCGCUUUGUGUCUGCUCAGGAGGCGGAGGAGAAGCUAAAGAGUCCAUCAUCACACAGCUCCAGCUCCUCCACACCUGAAACCUUCCCACCUCACUGGAACAAGAACGCACUCCCAGACUUAGGAUAUAAGCUCGUACCUCUCCCUGUUACUCCAGAGCACAAUAUGAUGAGAAAGUUGUUCCAGCUCACCAUGCCUAACAGUACAAUUCACAGCAUCCAGAGGAUCCAGAACCCUUAUCUGUGGAGGGUCUUUCAAUGGCAAAAAGAGCAGAUGAAGAAGAGGAAUGGAGGGAAACUUGUGAAUGAGCAGUACUUGUUCCACGGGACAGAUGAGUCUCUGAUCGAGCCGAUCUGUGAUCAGAACUUUGACUGGAGGAUGUGUGGUGUCCAUGGAACAUUAUACGGCAAAGGUAGCUACUUUGCCAAAGAUGCGUCCUAUUCAGACAGAUACGCCAAGGUCAACAGACAAAAUAAGAAGACCAUGUUCGUUGCUCUGGUCCUGGUCGGGGAGUACACGAGGGGAAGCAGCAGCUACGUCCGACCUCCACCUAAAGGAGACGGCAAAACCCUCUAUGACAGCUGCGUAGAUUGUGAGAGCAACCCGAGCAUCCAUGUCAUCUUUGAAAAACAACAGAUUUAUCCGGAGUAUCUUAUCAGCUACUCGUAAAUGGGGCUUGGUUUAAGGCUUACAGAGUUUAUCUGUGGUAGAAGAAACAUUCAGGUUCUAUACUUUAGUAAAGAAACUGUAAAAUUACUCCAGAAGUUGUAAGAACAAAUGACACAGAGUAGCUCAUGAAUGUGAUAAUUUUUAGUGCUGCAGCAGAUUGAAUAUAUAUUAAAUACUAUAGACAUUUGGGUGGUUUGAGCUUAAGCUAUGCAUUAGAUUUUAUGAACAGAUACUUUCCUCUGAGAUGUAGUUUAGUCUUAUUAGUUUACAGGCUGGUUUUUUAUCUUUACCAAUUCAUUUUUCAACUGUUUCUAAUGUUUUUAACAAUACUUUUUGUCAAGCUCCUGUGAGGAAUUCGAGGCUUGAUCUAAAAGCAACUGGACUUAGUUGGAGAUCUUGAAGACGUUUCACGUCUCCUCCUCUGAAAGGCGUCUUCAGGUCCAAGCUAACUGGUGGGCCAAGCUAGAAAUGUAAGCCUCUGUGGAUAGUUUCGUGGAGAGUCAUUACCACCCCAAGUUGAGUGGGUAGUUUGAGUCACAUGUUCAAUUGUGGGACUGGGGCUUCAGUUGUUUUGGGAGAGGACAACUGGAGAAGACUAACGGAGUAAAGAUGAAACGUCUUCAAGAUCUUCUACCAAGUCAAUUUGCUUUUGGAUCAAGCUUUGAAUUUACCAUGACCUGGAUGUCUGAGAACCAACACAGACCUCCUGUGAGGUACUUCAGCUUUUGUUGAUUUUGGUGCCCCCAUGUGGACCAAGCAGUGACUCUUAUCUCCUUGUUGAUCCUGUCCUGUACAGGUAAAUCCACUUGUCUGACACCUGUGGUUACAGACAUUUUAAAAUUACUUAGUAAAAAGAAGCAAUCUUGAUCCUGGCUCAUGUAGAGCAUAAAUAUGAAUCUCGGUCUGUUUCAUAACCAGCUUAAAAGUCCUCACAGGGACUUUCAAUGUUCUUUACUUUUGUGUUUUUAAAAUUAGAAAAGUCUUUAGUAACUCUUUUAAAUGUUGAACUUUCGUUAUUAACGUGUGUCCUAAGGAAUUUUAAAGGUGUCGGAAAAUAUUCAGUGCAGAAUCAAAAUGUUGGAUGUCUGUUUAAUGUCAUUAAUAUACAUCUGAUUCUGAAUAAAGGAUACCGAUGAAAAAAUA